AUGGCCGAGUUUUCAACUAGCACACAGCCAACUGAGCUGACAACCACAACACCGACGGAAGACAUAGCCAUUGUAGGAUAUUCGUUUAGAUUACCCCAAGAUGUCAACGACGAUACGGCCUUCUGGGAGGUUCUCCAGAAUAGAAAGAAUCUCAUGACAGAGUGGCCUGCGUCGCGAGUCAAUGCUGACUCCUUUAGACACAAUCCGCAACACAAGUUCACCGGAACAGGAGGACAUUUCUUGAAUGAUGAUGUGCAAGCAUUUGAUGCCCCCUUUUUCUCCGUUACGGUUAAGGAGGCAGCUUCGAUGGAUCCAAUGCAGCGAUGGACCCUAGAGGCUUCCUAUCGUGCGUUGGAAAAUGCUGGAAUUCCGGCUGAAAAACUCCGAGGAUCUCGGACUGCCGUGUUCUCCGCGUCCAUGAUUGAGGACUACUCUAGGAUGACAGCAAGAGACCCCGACAACAUCGAGAGAAUGGCAGCAACAGGUGGUACUGUUGCCUGCAUCAUUCCAAACCGAGUCAGCUGGUAUUUCGAUCUCCGAGGACCAAGCAUUCACGUAAACACAGCUUGCUCGAGUAGUAUGUCUGCUCUGGACAUGGCUUGCAAAUCUAUUCGUAGCGGAGAUGCUUCAUGUGCUCUCGUUACAGGCUGCAAUGUUAUCAUGGACCCUGGCAUCAUUCAGUCGUUAUCAGAUCAGAACUUCCUUUCCCCUGAUGGCUUGUGCUAUAGUUUUGACCAUCGUGCCAACGGUUAUGCAAGAGGGGAGGGUGUUGUGGUUCUUGUUCUCAAGCCUGUUGCCGAGGCAGUUCGCAAUGGUGACACGAUUCGAGCCGUUAUUCGAUCCAUAGGGUCAAACCAGGACGGCCACACUCCAGUUCUUACACAGCCCAGUGCCAAGUCUCAAGAGGACCUCAUUCGCCAUGUAUAUGCUCAGGCGAAUCUGCCACUUUCUGACACUCGUUAUGUCGAGGCUCAUGGAACGGGAACUAAAGUCGGCGAUCCCAUUGAGAUGAAAGCUAUCGGACGCGUAUUCCGAAAGUAUCGCUCCGCCGAGGAGCCUCUCUAUGUAGGCUCUGUCAAGGCAAACUUCGGCCACCUUGAAGGAGCAAGCGCCCUGGUCAGCGUCCUCAAGUCGAUUUCCGUUGUUGAAAAGGGAGUCAUUCCGCCCAAUGCCCUCUUCGAGAAGAUGAACCCUGAUAUUGAUAACGACUUUUACAACACAACUGUUCCUACAACAAGCAUAGCAUGGCCCAACUCUGGCCUGCGAAGGGUGUCUGUGAAUUCUUUUGGAUUCGGUGGCUCCAACACUCACGUGGUAAUCGAUGAUGCUUAUAGCUAUCUCAACGAUCGAAGGAUGGCGGGCAUUCACUGUACCACGUCUAGGCCUCAUAUCAACGGCAUGAAUGGUAGCAAAAUCCAAACCAAUGGGCACCACCAGACUAAUGGGCACCAUCAGAAUGGAGAUCAUGUGCCUACCAACGGGAACGGCCAUGGCCCCCUCAAUGGCCACCAUCGAAGCAAUGGAACCAACCACGAGACCAAGAAUGGCCAUUCUAUUGAAGAGCAUGAUAAAAGAUCCUCUGCCGGCCUCGAUCUGCCCAAACUCCUCGUUUUCAGUGCAGCUGACGAGAAAGCGAUGAAACGUGUGAUGACAGCAUACGAAGAAUAUUUUGUCAACAACACCUCGAAAGACAGUUCCAAAUUGGCCAAAUUGGCUUACACCUUGUCGGAUCAUCGCAGCCGCAUGCUAUGGAGAUCAUACGCUUUUGCUAGGCCUGGCUCAGAGACAGUUGAGCCUUCGUUCUCCCCAGCAAAAGCAAUACGCAGCUCGGCAGAUGCGAACCUAGCCUUUGUUUUCACGGGCCAGGGAGCGCAAUAUGUUGGAAUGGGCCACGACUUAUUGCAGUUUCCAGUAUACAAGGAGACUCUCCGUAAGAUCGAUAGCAUCUACAGGGGAUUAGGUUGCGAUUGGUCCAUCCUCGGUAUGCAAAACUGGAUAAAUCAUGACAGGAUCAAAGCUAAUAGACGAUCAGCAAUCGAAGAUUAUCAAGACCGGAUCGAUAAUCCUGGUUAUAGCCAGCCUUUAUCUACAGCUGUCCAGUUGGGUUUGGUGGAUAUGCUUAAAAGCUUUGGGCUUGCCCCCAAAGGCGUGGUUGGACACUCGUCUGGAGAGAUAGCUGCUGCCUAUUCAAUUGGAGCAUUGUCUCUCGAGUCUGCCUGCAAAGUUGCAUAUUUUCGAGGACAACUGGCCGGAAAGCUCAAGAGUCUUCAUCAGUCUUCACCUGGUGCAAUGAUAUCCAUCAACCUAUCGAAAGACGAAGUCUCCAACUAUCUCCAGUCGGUAGAAGGAAAAGACUUCAGAGCCUCUGUGUGCACCGCCUGCAUCAACAGUCCUUUGAACUGUACUCUCUCCGGGCCAGAAGAGGCUAUUGAUAUGAUUAAAAGCAAGGCAGACAAUGACGGCAUAUUUGCGCAAAAGCUCAAGACUGGAGUGGCCUACCACUCUCCAUUCGUGAAGGCGAUCGCAAAUGAGUAUUAUGAUCUUAUGGGCACUCUUGAGGGUGGCGAGAUCGAGCAAAUACCUAUGGUAUCCUCAGUCUCUGGAAAGCGUGUCAUUCCCGCCGAGUUAGCCAGUGCCCAAUACUGGGUUAAUAACAUGGUGUCGCCCGUUCGAUUUACAGAUGCCCUUAAAGUUCUUACCCAGAAAUCCUCGACGCUGAAAGUUGGGCUCAACGGCUUUAGCGACAUCAUCGAAGUUGGUCCUCACCCUGCGCUCCGUCGGCCUGUACUGGAUACAAUUCAACAGGAAGGAAACCGAAAGAAGCAAAUUCGUUACACGGGGGUCUUGCAUAGAUCACGCCCGGCAGUAGAAACAACUUUGGAGGCCGUAGGGCAACUCUUUUGUCUGGGCCACCAAGUUUCUAUCUCAUCUGUCAACCAGAGAACGCCCUCGGAGUCUUCUGAGUUUCUUCUCGAUUUGCCGGAAUAUCCUUUCGAUAGAACGCAUCGCUAUUGGGCGGAGUCACGGAUCAGCCGUGAUUACAGGCUUCGAGGAAAAGUUCAUGGAGAGACGCUCGGUGUUCGAGCAUCGGACUGGAAUCCCUUGGAGCCUUGUUGGAGGAACUUCCUAACAGUAGAAGCAACUCCUUGGUUCAAAGACCACGCGGUUGAUGGGGCAGUUCUUUUCCCCGCCAUGGGCAUGCUUGUCAUGGCAAUGGAGGCAGUCUAUCAAGCUGUGCCGGAAGAUCAUGCCGUGGCAGGCUAUUACUUCCAAACGGCCGAGUUCAAGAAUCCAGUUAUCAUUCGGGAGACUUGGGAAGAGCGUAUAGAAACCCAAAUGCGUCUUCGAACAGUCAACUCCCCAAAGGUUGCUGGGGAAUCUCAGUGGUUCGAGACAACUCUUUAUUCGUAUUCCCGAGACCAGUGGACAGAGUGUUUCCGGGCUACUCUCAAAGUAGAGUAUGAAGCAGCAACAGCUUCCGAGGCUAGCAAGCAAAAACUCGAAGGUCAUGAGGAAGUUCGACACUACUAUGACCAGGCCAAGUCAUUUUGCAAGAACUUCAUCUCCCCAGAUGCAUUUUACCGGGAUGCAGCUAAGAAUGGUAUACAGUGGGGACCGACAUUCCAACUCGUCCAGGAUGCUUUCUACGAUGAGAAGAGAAACAUUGCCAUCGGCAAAGUAGACAUAUCAAAGGGGAGGCAUGUCACUAGCAGUCUUGUCCACCCUGCUGUGCUUGAUCAAGCGUUCCACAUGCUCCGACUGAGCGGAGGGCAACAGCCGUCAGGAAAUAUUCCCAUCCGAAUCCAAGGCGCAUGGUUCGCUGCUUCCGGGUGGCAAUCACCGCAUACCAAUUCUAUCAGAAUGGUGGCAAACUCCAAAGUCAGAUCAGCUGUCCAUGGCCCAAGCGUUGGAGAGGAUGGAAGCAUCCAUGCUCUAGCUGAUGAUGGGACAGUACUCUGUUCCAUCGAAAGAGCGGUGACUUCUCCCGUCGCCAGGAACGAAGACAACGAGGAAAGGAAACUACUGUACAAAAUAGAGUGGAAGCCUCAGCUUAGCCUCAUGACGAACGAGCAGCUGGAAAGAGAGUGCCUGUCACAGGUCGCUGCUCGAGAUGAAAGCCUCAUUUUGAGCAACCAUAUCAAGCUUGUCAAUGUCUUAGGUCUCGUUGCGGGCCGUACACUAAAGGCAAUAGAUACCUCCACUGUUCCUCAGAAGUUGUCGCGACAUUUCAAGUGGCUUGAGGAUCAAGUCAAAAACCUCUCUCCAAGCCAGAGAGAGGAUGUUGACAAUCUCAGCGAUGAAGAAGUGGAAGCACGACUUAUCGAAGUUGAAGAGGCACUUCCAGCUUGGGGUGUUUAUAUCGCCUGCGCAAGGAACCUUCAAAGCAUGCUGGCGGGCGAAGUUGACCCCCUUCAAAUUGUUUUCGAGUCUGACCAGGCGAAGGUGUUUUAUGAAAACCUAUUUCUGACCCUCUGCUCUGACGGGCGGUUGUUCCCCGUUCUGGACUUGGCUUCUCACCAGAAUCCGGCUCUUCGAGUUAUCGAAGUUGGUGCUGGAACUGGAGGCGUGACGAGACAUCUCUUCAAGGCCUGGGGUGAGCGCGAGAAGCGCACCGGAGCCCCCAGCUUUGCGCAUUACACUUACACGGAUAUAUCCCCGAUGUUCUUCGAAAAGGCCAGCAGCUUGUGGUCUGACUUGGUGUCUCAAGACAGGAUUUCGUUCAAGACAUUUGAUUUGGGAGUACCAAUCCAGGAUCAGGGCUUCGAAGCGGGAACAUACGAUCUAUUGGUCGCUGGAAGUGUCAUGCAUGCCACACCAGAUCUGGAGUUUACAAUCCGCAAUGUGAGGAAGUUGCUGAAACCCGGAGGAAAGCUUCUCCUCCUUGAAACCAUCAAGCCAAGUGACAUUGCUGUCAACUUUAUGGCUGGUCUCGUUCCAGGCUGGUGGGUGGCAACGGAAGAGUGGCGAGCCAACUCGGCUGCUGUGGACGAAUCAGUUUGGGAAAGAUGCCUGCGGAACAACGGGUUCUCAGGCAAUGACCUUGUCAUCCGUGAUUAUGAGACAGAACAGUGCCAUAUCAUGAGCAUUAUUGUCACUACUGCCGUUGAGGAGCCGAAGCAGGAUGUUCAAAGGGCGACCCCGAGAGGAGUUGUUGUGGUUACCGAUUCCACACCGUCCGACCAGCAGAGCAACUUGGCCAAGGCCGUGGGAAACAAACUUCAAAGCGAUGAGGAGCCGAACGUGUGCAGCUUCACCCCUGCUUCACUGCAAGAAGCGGCAAAGAGUUGGAAUGAAGACACUGUCGUUAUCUUCGUUGGUGAAGUUAACAAUAGGCCAGUCCUAGCCAACCUGAGCGAGCAUGAUUUCUCCGCUUUACAGAUUUUGAUGAAGCAUGCAAAGAAUCUGAUCUGGGUAACGGGGACACAUUCCGAUGAUGAAAACUAUCCAGAUUACAGUCUCGUCCCAGGAUUUCUCCGCACAAUUCGCGCUGAGCAGCCAGAGAAUCACAUUGUGAACAUUGCUAUCGAGGAUAGAACCAACGAAGAGGACUGUGCAACUAUCAUUUUGGCUAUCUUUGAUGAUGCAUUUGGACAGUUACCAAGCAAGGAGUUGGAGUACAAUGUUCAGAAUGGACAGAUAAAAAUUGGCCGUGCAGUUGAAAACGUUCCGGCGAACGAGGCUCACCGGGCCCUCGUCUCUGCACAGCAAAAGAUUCUGAAAUGGGUAGAUGGGCCUGAGCUCCAACUCUCUGCUGGAAAGCAUGGAGAUCUCGCCUCCCUGCGAUUCGUCAGAGACGAAUUGGCAGACACGCCCCUCGGCCAGAAUGAAAUUGAAAUCGAAGCUCAUGCGUGGGGCUUGGGAAAGCGAGAACUUGACUCAGCGCUUGGAUUGAUCGACGAGGAUCAAGACAAAAUAGGUGGCGAUUGUGCUGGUAUUGUGGCCCGGCUAGGCCCUGGUUGCGGAACCUCAAUCCAGGAGGGGGACCGCGUAUAUAUGAGUACCAGAGGCAGCAUUCGGAAGCAUCCUCGUGCUUUAGAAACUUCUGUAAUUCAGAUCCCUGAUAAUUUAUCGUUCGAGAAAGCUGCGUCAGAAAUCAUGCCGAGCAUGAUUGCCUACCGUGCACUGGUUGAUAUCUCUCAACUUGAGAAGCAAGAGCGAGUUCUGAUCAACGGCAGUGCUGGCAGUUUAGGGCAGUCAGCCAUUCGGAUUGCUAAGAGACAAGGUGCUGAGAUCUUUAUCACCGUCACUACAGAGGAACAAAAGAAAUUCUUGGUAGGCAAUCUGGGUCUUCAAGAAGACCAUGUAUUCCUCUCUGAGGGUGGCUUUUUCGCCCACCAGAUAUCCCGCGCCACAGGUGGCCAAGGUGUUGAUGUCGUUUUCAACCUACUCCCUGGUCAGGACGUAUUGCAAGCCUCGCUGAAAUGCCUUGCAACAAACGGUCACUUUAUCAGUGCAAGAGGUGCGGAUGCGGAUGCAAAUACUACUCUCACGUUGAGCCAGAUGAAAGCAAACGUGUCUUUCGCAACAGUCGACGUGUUGAGGUUAACGCCUAAGAAGACGGCCAAGCUGCUUCAGGAUACAUUAGAUUUGAUACAGGAAAGUUCUUAUCAAGUCAGCAAAGAUCUUGAAGUUUUCGAGGUCUCUGAAAUUGAGAAAGCUUUCCUGCAUCUACAGAGUGGCGAGCUUAACGGCAGGGUAGUUGUGACACCCAAGGCGGAAAACCUAGUGCCGCAAUUCUCCAUCGACGAGAGAUCGUGGAAGUUUCUUCCAAAUGCAUCAUAUCUCGUGGCAGGAGGCUCUGGAGGCCUUGGUAGAGACAUUAUCAAAUGGAUGGUCCGCAGAGGUGCACGAAAUCUCAUUGUCCCAUCGCGGUCGGGCGCCACUUCAGAACCCGCAAAGACGUGGGUGUCUGAGCUGAAAGCGAGUGGUGUCAAUAUUGUUACCCCUCUUUGCGAUGUAGCUUCACACGAUGACCUUUCCAAGCUAUUGGAUGAAGUCUCAACUACCAUGCCCCCCCUAAGGGGCUGUAUCAACGCAGCAAUGGCUCUGGAGGACGCCAUAUUCCAAGACAACAUGAAAUAUUCACAAUGGGAUGCUACGGUCAGAUCGAAGGUCCAGACCUCGUGGACUCUCCACAAACUUCUGCCCAAGGAUCUUGAUUUCUUCAUCAUGUUCUCCUCGCUCGCCGGUGUAGUUGGCCAGAUGGGCAGCGCGAAUUACUCGGCCGGAUGCUCGUUUCAAGAUGCAAUUGUCCGCUACCGCCGCUCACAGGGACUCGAAGCAAUCUCUAUCGACAUUGGCUGGAUGGUCAAUGUUGGCAUCAUUGCAGAGAAGUUCACCUUCCAGCGCCAACGUCAAAUCGCCAACGACAUGCAAUUACUCACCGAUCUGGAUCUUCUUGCCCUUUUGACGAUAUGUUGCGAUCCUGACAUGGAAUACCCGCAGUUAGAAGAGUGCAAGGGUCAGAUACCUUUCGGACUGGAUAACCCAAGGAGGCAUCUUCUGUUGAAUGAACCGGUACCGCCCAUCUUGGACCGGCCUCUUCUAUCUACUUUCUCAUACGUUACCGGCAAUAGCAAGGCUGAUAAAGGGGCCAAGGACGAUGAGGUAGAGAAAGCAGUAGCCUUGUUCCGCCAAUCGUCCGACUCAGCGGAGAGGGUCGCGCUUGUUUUUCAAGCCUUGGCUGCUAGGCUUGGACGGGCCAUGUCAAUUCCAGCAAGUGACGUAGAGCCAAAUAAGGCUCUCUCUGCUUACGGUGUCGAUUCUUUAAUGGCGGUCGAACUCAGGAACUGGAUUGGAAGGGAGUUGGGUGCUACUGUGGCUGUAUUCGACAUUGUCGGUGCCAUGCCCAUUGCCAGUAUUGCAGACCUCAUUGCAGAGAGAAGCACCGUUGGGAAAUCCGCAAAGUAA